AUGUCUUCGUUUUUUGGAUGGCUCUUCUGCAGCAAAGACUCAUCGAUGGAGAUUUUGAGAAACGAUCGUCAAUUCGAACCAGUCAGGAUUUUGAAAACAGGACCUCACUACAAAGAAAUUCUUUGCAAUGCAAAUGGCAAUUUAGAAGUAGCCAUCGCAAAGGUUUUCCGCGGCAAUGCAGGGAUGAGGGAGUAUGCGAAGGAGUUUGAGCUUCUAACUGAUUUGAAACACACUAAUAUUGUCGAAAUUCUCUCGAAAAACACUCUCGAUGGCUUUCAUAUUCUGGUGUUUCGCAAUUUGAUGAAAAUUUCCGGAAGGAUCGAGAUGCGCAUUUUAUUUCCUCCAGGAUCUGUGCAAAGUCUCUUCAAGGACCUGCUCACUGGGUUGAAUUUUCUUCAUGAACAGAAGAUUGCUCAUCGCGACAUUUGUCCGGAGAAUCUUUUGUACACCGAGGAUGGCGUCCUCAAAAUUGCCGGUCUCUCAAAUAUCGCUAUUAUUCGAGACAACAUUAAGCAGAUACAAUUGAAAGGGUUUAUUCGAAGCGGGAUGUACUCUGCACCAGAGUGCUUCAAACCAGCUCCGUAUUCGGGCGUUGAAGCAGACAUAUACUCUGCGGGAUUAACUUUAUAUGCUAUGCUUGUACUCUACAACCCAUUGUCAACCGAGCAACCAUUGCACAAGAGAGUCAUUGAGAUUAUCAAUGAAACAGGAAAAAUCGACAAACUCGCGACAAACCUUCUCGUCGAUAUGUUAAUGGCUCUACCAAACAAAAGGACCAGCAUCCCACGCUACUUGCAAUAUCCGUUUUUCACAACUACAAUAGAGUCAGCAAUGCCAGAGCUCUUACAGAAGAAAAGAAAACAGUGGAUUUGA